CCUGUGUUCGCGAAAGGACGCGGCCGAUGGACUCGACGCGGACGCUGUCGUUCCUGCAGCUCGCCGACGCCGAUGGCAACAACGCAGUGACAUCCAAGGAGAUCCGCGCGUUGCACUUGCACCGGCAGCUCUCGUCGGCUGACCACGCGCUCCAGUUGGCAACGUCCUUGCCCAAGAAGCUGUCGCCGGCGGUCUUUGCGUCGAUCACCGAGGUGCAGCCUCGGCACGCGCCAUGGCUCAAGAAGGCACUGGCGCGCAUGGAAGCGAGCCAAGCCUUCUGGAAGGAGCGCGAGCCGACGCCGAAAGGCACACGGCGCAAGACGGUACCCAAGCCCAGCUUGCCCGCACCGCCGCCCUGCGCCACAAUCUGGGACGCCGCGUCCACCGGCAACGUCUCGGAGCUCCGGCGCCUUCUCGAAGUCGAGAAACGGGACGUGUUUCGGCACCAUGAAGCCGACGGCGGGCGUACGAUCCUCCAUUAUGCGUGCUGGCACGGCCACGUCAACAUUGUCAUGUACGUGACUAUGUUUGUGCAAGCGACGAAAGGCCUCGAGGCGCUGCGGCUCUUUGUCAACUGCAUCGACUCGGCGUACAGCCGCUGCACGCCGCUGUUGGAAGCCUGCCGGUCGUGCCAGGGCCACCUCAACGACAAGCUCAAGAUCAUCAAGCUCCUCGUCUUGUACGGCGCGACGCUCGAGCACCAAGACGCGCACGGCGACAACGCGCUGCACUGGAGCGCGCGCGUCUCGAGCUUGCCCAUCGUCCGGUACCUCGUCAAGGAGACGGACGCAGCCGUCUUUGCCGUCAUCACCGACAACUACAAGCACGAAAAGCCGCUGGAUGUCGCCAAGCGCAUGCUCGAGCGCAAGCCGUCGAUGCAAGCCUCCGAGGUGUACGACUUGCUUCGCCACGUCUACCGCGAAUGCAACAUUCGGCUCAAGAUCCAAUAUGGCAAGAAGAUUCGGCUGCACCAAGAAGCCGAGCGCAAGACCAAGCGCAACGACGAGGUCGUCCACGCGCUCGACAUUGCGCGCGUGUGCGCCACUCGGGCGGACGGGUUCUGGCGCUCCUGCCACGAAGCUGCCGAGAGCACGCGCAAUGCGCUCGAAGCGAAGCUACUUGACGAGGCAGGCAAAGAAGCGGUCGGGCGCGCGCAGCUGUGGCUCGACACCAAAGAUGGCAAAGCGUGGGCCAAGAAAGAGCUGCCAUCGGCCCUCGACGACCUCAAAAACCUGAUCCAAGAUGGCACGCUGCCCAAGCCGCGCGACAUGAAGAAGGUCGCGGCCGUCCGCCUCGGCGAAGCGUACAUAGCGGUCCAAGAGACCGACGCGCGCGAGCAAAUGCGCAAGAAGUUUAUGCGCGAACACCCGCUGCUCGAGUCGCGGGACGUCGAGUACUACAAGCGACUCGUGCUCGCCGCGCCGCACUAGUACUGCCAUGGCUCUUUGGCUCGAGCGUUCAUGCAGAGUGGCAUUGAUGCCCGGGCGUUGAAAUAUCCUGGAAAUCAAGACUGUGACGGGACUUGAACCGGCGGACGCAACCAACGAGAGGACAGCGUAGUGGUGGG